UAGCUCCUAUCCUCGCCGUCAAUGGUGUUUUUAUCUCUAAUUCUGCUCCCUUUCCUUCUCCUCCUCCUCUACUUCAUAGUGCGUCCCCGCCCCAUCAACAUCCCAAUCAAUAACCGUCACGUCUUCAUUACGGGUGGGUCAAGCGGCAUCGGUCUAGCCUUAGCUCACCGAGCCGCCUAGGGAGCUCGAGUUUCACUCUUAGCUCGAUCUCUUCGAAAACUCGAAGAAGCCAAGGAUUCGAUUCGUCUUUCCUCCGGUGUCGACGUUUCCAUAUUUUCUGCCGAUGUUCGUGACUACGACGCCGUUCAGAAGGCUGUUAACGAUGCGGGACCCAUCGAUGUCCUUGUAAUUAACCAGGGGGUUUUUGUGCCUCGGGAACUUGAGAAGCAGGGAUUGGAUGAAGUCAAGUUUAUGCUGGAUGUGAAUUUGAUGGGGAGUUUUAAUGUCAUCAAAGCUGCUUUGCCGUUUAUGAAGCAGAGGAUGGACCGUUUGCCCGCUUCAAUCGCUCUUAUUUCUUCCCAAGCUGGUCAGGUGGGAAUUUAUGGUUACACAGCAUACUCGGCCAGUAAAUUUGGGCUUCGGGGACUAGCAGAAGCAUUGCAGCAAGAGGUUAUUGUGGAUAAUAUCCAUGUAUCUGUUGUAUUCCCACCAGAUACUGACACUCGUGGUUUUGAGCAAGAACAAGAAGUUAGACCAGAGCUCACAAAAAUACUAGCGGGCUCCUCUGGUUCAAUGAAAGCAGAUAGUGUUGCCAAGAAAGCUUUAGAUAGCAUCCAAUCUGGAAGUUUCAUUGUCCCUUGUAACUUUGACGGGAACACGCUGGCUAUAGCCACUGCUGGUUUAUCUCCCCAAAGAUCUUUCUUGAUGGCAUCCAUUGAGGUGAUUUUUGCUGGUGUAUUACGUCUUGUAGGAUUAUUUUUCCAGUGGAACUGGUAUCGGUGCAUAGAACAUUGGAAUACAAAGGAAAAGUGUAAGUAAGUUUGCAAAUAAAAGAUUUGUCUAUUUAUACACCAGCGGUAAAGAUAUUUGUGCCGGUUUUAUUGGAAUUAGUUUUGUCUAUUUAGUUCUUUCGAGUUGUUUUUCUCAGAAUCUUAUGUCGAAUGGUCAAGAAGUUUAUUUGGUUAUCUUCAAAUUAAGUCAUCUAUUUUCAAGUAGAAGUAUUUAGAUUGCCCCCCUUAGGAAUCUUGGUUAUUAGAAUAUCGUGUUAGAUUCUUAUCUGUCAUUACUGAAGUUAAAUUUUGACAUUUCCAGUGCCUUCAAUAAUUAGGACAUGUCCUGAAGAGGCUUUCUUCCUUAUGUUUCAUUAUUAAAGCUUUUGUGUGGUAGUAUUUUAAACUACAGCAUCGUGUUUGAAGUUCAAUAUGGUAGAUAGUUUUACUUUCACAUGGAAAUCUUUGCCAAAAAAUAAAAUGAUAAUUUUCCCCUUCUAAAUCAUGAGAACCAAUAAACUAAGAUCGAUAGUGUCUUGUUACCUGC